CAAACAGAACAAACAAACAAAAAAAAUAGAUGGACUAGAGAGACGGAGACAGGGAGGUGUCCUCAUCUCCUCUGCAUUGUUGUACAGCCUGUCACAGUGUCUCCUGUCUCACCCAUGUGAGCUGUACAGGGCUUCUGUCUGGAGACAUAUUAAACUGUUAAGUACGUCCAAACUCCGCUGCGCACAGCAAAACAAUGUUGUUUUUUAUUCUAUAAAUUUCAGUAAACAUUCAUGACAACCAGCUUAUGGAGAUGAUUGAGGUGAUGAAUGACACAAAGUGAAUGUACAGUGUCAGCCUGUCAUCAAUGCAGGCAGACUUCAGACCUCAUCCACUGCGUGAAGAAGAUGUCCUGCUAUACAAAUGUAUGCAUUCUUACUAAAAUAUGAAUCCUCCUACCGAGCACUCCUCAGAUUCUGAAUGAAUUCAAAGGUCUUUAACAUCACUACGAGCAGUGGUGGCUUAGCAUUUCAUUCACCACCUUUCACCUGUGAUGCAUCACCUUGAAGACUCUUAAAAAUAACCUCAAUUGAACUGUGCGUUCCCCACACACACACACACACACACACACACAUAGUGUGCUACCAGUGUGGUGACAGUGGUUUGGUUUCUUCUUCCUCAUCUGUCAUCUGUCAGUGUUGUGUGCUUGCUCUGUGUGUGGGGAAGAAGUUUCAUUAAAGAACAAAAUAGAUUCUUUCGGUGUUUCACCCUCUCUGACUCAUCUCACUCUGUGUGAAACAGUCUUUUUAGAGGCUCAUGGUUCCCGUCUUUGCUGGUGUGUGUGUGUGUGUGUGUGUGUGUGUGUGUGUGUGUGUGUGUGUGUUUGCGAAGCCUUUUUGUUGUUGUUUUGUAAUGAAUUCCAGCUGUGCCGUGUUUAAUUAUAUAACUGCACUUGUGUUCUUCUGUGUAUUUACAGGAGAACACACCUCCAUCUUUACCAUUUAAUAGAUGCUGGGACAGUUAUAGAAUGCAUCGGCUAAACAGGAAUCACAAUUGGCAUCAGAGAAUUUAUUUGUGCACAUUUCACAAUUGAUUGCUAUCAGCUCAACAGAAAGCCUGCUGCUGCUGCUCUUCACUAACAGUGUUACUCAGUAUGGCAAGCCGCACAGCAGGCUCAGCUCCUGUUCCUUCUAUUAUCUAUAAUAAUGUCAAAAAGGAAAGCUAUCAAGCUUAUAAUAAUACAUUAUAAUACAGUUCUGCAUUGUAUUUGAUGACAGCUGAUACUUAUUGCUGUUAAGAUAUUUUGAUUGUUCAAUUUUCUUUUAAAUUGAAUCCCAAAAAGUGAGUUCAUUCAAAGCGUAGCAGCAGCUCAGGAAGUGCAGUGAGCUCUCGGGCGGGGGUUGGAUGCUCGUAUAUACAGGGUCAAUCUAGAUGGGGAAACGUGUCCCACCCUCAUUACCACCAUGGAGGUAUUUUAAAGCAGGCCCAACAAAUGUGUGAAUUCAGUGAAAGUUCCUGAAAUAAAUGUUUAAAUGAAGUGAAAUGAACAUAUAGCUUUUAUAAGUCACAGAGAAAUCGCCGUUAUCUUACAACAGAAACAGAAGGAUGUGUCAAUUAAAAUACCACAUAAUGUGUGUGUCUGUAUGGUAGUGUGUGAGUGUGUGGACUGCUGUACAACCAGUUAGUGUGUGAAGUGUGUUUGAUGCUGAUCCGUUGAUAUCCUGUGUGUGUUCUUCAGGAUGAGGUGGACAGUCAGAACCCGGUGUUAAGAGACAACCAUCAGCUCCAUGAAGAAGUGAGGGGCUGGCUCAAAGACCAGAAGGUGCAGGAAAUCUUUAUGCAAGGUCCCUAUUCAUUGAAUGGCUACCGUGUGCGUGUGUACAGACAAGACUCGGCCACCCAGUGGUUCACUGGCAUCAUUACACACCACGACCUCUUCAGUCGAAACAUGGUCGUUAUGAAUGACCAGGUGCUAGAACCUCAGAACGUGGAUCCGUCUAUGAUCCAGAUGACCUUUCUGGACGACGUGGUCCACUCCCUGCUGAAAGGAGAGAACAUCGGCAUCACUUCCAGACGGAGGUCACGAUCCAGCCAGAACAACAACUCUGCCCACAUGACGGGAGGGAGAACCGGAGGGACCACUGGCAGCACUCAGAGUCAUUACACACGAGCCCAAGCCAACAGCCCCCGCCCCAUGAUGACCUCAUCGGGCCCCAACCCAAAGGGUUCCCAGGGGACGCUGGCCUCUCAGCAGCAGAGCCAAUUGCAGCAAAGCCAGCAGCCCGCCAGCCAAUUGCACCACUCGCCCGGCGGCAGUGGGAGGGAGCAGAGAGAGCAGCGCAACUCUCGCUCAUCCAGGAGGAAAGGAUCGGAUAGCAGCGCUCCAGAGGAGGACAAGGACCGGAGAGAAGAGACCACAGGGAGAGACGCCAAGUCAAAGGCCAAGCAGGCAGUGAACAAACGCAGGAAGGGCGAGGAAGAUGAGAAGAAGGCGGGUCUAAAGAGACUGAAGACUGACAUGACUUCUGACCUGUCGGAGAGCAGCGACUCAGAAAACCCACUCAACAAGAGGACCGCCCACUCCUCGUGCUCCUCCUCCUCCUCAUCGUCCUCAUCGUCCUCCUCCUCCUCCUCUUCCUCCUCCUCGGAGCCCAACUCUGAGAACGAGCUAAAGUCUCGCGGCAGUGAUGUGAAACAAGGCGGUGUCUCCAAAAAGGAGGAGGAGGAGGAGCAGCAGCCGCUGAUGCAGGGCACCAAAAUGAACGAUUCCUCCUCUGUCAUUGGUCACCUGUCCCCGUGGGCGGAGCUUCAGACAGCGGAGGACAGCAAGAAAGGCGUGGUCAAGGAAACGGGCAAAAUGUCAACCAAGGAAGAGGAGGAAUUGGUGGCGGUGACGCAGAUCACCCAGUCUCCACGGCAACAGACGCCUCAGAUGUCUGACCCGGUCCAGGCCGGCAGUGUGGAGAGCAGCAAGAGCACUGUGAAAGCGUCUUCUCGAUCCCAGACGCCAUCGUUGUCUCACCUCAGCGGCGGAGGCAGUGUGAUCGACAUCACGGAUGAGGCCCAGGCAACGGUGCACCAGGAGAGUUCAGAAGCCGUGUCAGCACUGCUGGCCUCGCAGAAGGCCGAGUCCACGGCCCUCUCCCCUUACCUCCCCCUCAACCCCUCUCCCGUCUCUUCGCCGCCAGUCCCUCCGUCUCCCUCGCCAUCGGAAGGAGGCCGCCGGACGGAUAUUGAGCCUCCCAUGCAGCAGCAGGGCAUUAUUGGAGGUGGUGUGACAGCAGCCAGGAGCUUAAGCAACAAGAUGGAGUUUGCUCCCUCUGAGGUCAUCAGGCCUGUCACAUCGAUAGUCGAAAAUGUGGUGCUGGUGGAGAAAGAGAAAACUGUCCUUCCUCAUCAUCUUCAUCAUCAUCAUCAACAGCCGCAGCAUCAGCAGCACGCACAACAUCAGCAACACUACACAUCCAUCCACCCUGGCGUUAAGAGCCCGUCUCUGUCUGAGGAGACGAGAAAACACCCACCGCAGCAAGCGCCCCCCCACAAGAUGAACACAGUCCUCCCCCCUGAACUAGCCAGAUCCAGAAUGAGCCCCAACACAGCUCAGCUCGACGCCCUGAAACAGAAACCCCAGCAUCCCAACAGCUCUCAGAACCAUCCCUACCCCAACACAAAUCCAGCUGACCUACUCAAGGCUAAGCCCCACCCGGGCCUGCUGGACAUCUCCAAACCCAAACCCAACACCUCCCCAGAGGUCUCUAAGCAUAAAAUGCAGAGGUACUCUGACACGUCCCAGCCUCCGACAGGCCGUUUGUUGGCUAAAGUGGAAAUGGCAGAACCUCCACGGUCCGGUUUCAAGCCAGUACCAGCGCGGUCGGAGUCGGGUGGAGUCAGUACGAGCAGCAGCACCAAGAGCCCUCUGAUCAUCGAUAAGAACGAGACGUUCACCGUUUACAGGGACCCAGCGCUGGUCCGCUCAGACGCUGAGAACUCUGUCUCUGUCUCCCUGUCCUCCAACCAUGUGGCAGCCUAUCUCCAUCCCCACCUCCACACCCUUCACUCCCCCUCCCCUCACUCUCCCUGCCUCACCUCAGCAUCCCACCCCCACGCCGCCUCCCACCUCCUCGCCCCUCCUCACACCUCGGCCCUACCUCAUCCGCACCUGUUACCCCCAGGGGUGCUCCCGGCUAUGCCCCCUCCCGCGGCGUCCCUCCUCGGGGGCCACCCUCGGCUCGACUCCCCCAGCGGGCUGGGCCACCUCGCCCUGCCUCACCCGGCAGCAGCACACCAGCAGCAGUUCCUACAGGGUCAGGGUCCCCCUCCACCCUCUCUACUGGCCCAGGCUCACGGCGGGGCAGCAGGGCUGGGCCUUUACCCCAUCCUCUGGCAGUACCCCAACGGAACACCAACCUCCUACCCCCCGGGGCUCAACCUGCCCCCCACAGCCAAGUGGGUCCACCCUGAAAGCAGCAUGAAUUCCGAGGGCUCGCUCAGGAGGAACACAGUCAGUCCGUGGCUGCACCAGGCUGCCGGCAGCGCCACUGACGGUCUGGGUUUGCUGAGCCACGUCCCCGUUCGGCCAGCAAGCGCCGACCCCCACCGGCCCCCCAUCAAGAUCAGCGCUCACGCUAGCCCUCCGCUGUCAAAGGCCAGCAUGAACGCUCAUAAAGAAGAUGUGGAUAAGAAAGGCUUUGUGGACCCGAUCAGGACGUUGACACUGGCCCAGCUAAAGCAGGAGCAGACGGACCGCAGUCGAACCCCUACAGUGAAAGACGUCCACCUCCACCGCCUCUACCUGGACCCCCACAGCAAGGCUCGCCUGGCAAAUACACAGGAUGCAGUUCAGGCAGCAGACCGAGCCAGUAAAUACAAAGAGGAGAAUCGGCAAAUCCUGAAAGAGAGCAUUGAGGUCGCUCCCUUCACCGCCAAGAUCCAGCGCUCUGGUGACCCCGGGAUGGACAGGGACAGAGAGCGGUGCAGGGAACCAGCCUUCCCCAUCCGGUUACCGGCUCUCGCCUCCCCGAGCCCCAAGGCUGGCCACAUCCAUCCCCACGUUAUCCAAUCCGAAAAGAGCAACUACUUCACCACGCUCUCCAACAGCGUGGUGAAUGAGCCUCCAAGACUCUACCCCUCCAAGGAGCUCAGCUCUUACUACGAGAAAGUGUCGGGCGGAGCUCCAGGGGUCAUGGCCAGCGUCGGGGCUGCCGUGCCAAGCCAGGGAGCUCUGUCCCUGGGCAGCUACAGCUCCAAAGCCUCCCUCUCCAAGCCCCCUCCCCUCAUUAAACACCAGCCGGAGGGAGGAGAGGGUUUAGCAGGGAAAAUCACCGAGCAGCUCAGCCAGCAGGUGACACUAGUCCAACAGCAACAUCAGCACCACACGGGUGGUAUGGACAGAAUAGAGCGCCGCAGCCCUGCCAUUUCUCCUUCCUUGUCUACAUCUUCCUCCACAGCACCCAACCAUCAUCACCAACACCACCAACACCACCACCAGCAGCAGCUGCAGCACCAGCAGCAGCAGCUGCACCAGCAGCAGCUCAGGGCAAUGCCAUCUCUCCACCGAGCGCCUGUCUUCCAUCCGCCCACACAGCACGCACUGGAUCGCAAAGAGGCUGCAGAGCGAGAGAGGGAGCGGGAGAAGGAGAGAGAGCGAGAGAGGGAGAGAGCCGGUUACGGCGGACGACUGUCUCCACCGACCCUCACGCCCAUCCAGCCAGUUAGCUUGGCGGCAGCCGGCAGCAAAACAUCAGCGGAGCAGCAGAAGCCCCCCACGCUGCUGCCGGAACUCAGGGACGUCAAAGGUCAUGGGAACGCUGCCGUCACCUCCGUGGCCUCAACCAUCAGUGGGGAGAUCAUGACUUCGUCCGUAGACGCGUGGAGAUAUGGAGAGAUGAUUCAGGAAAGAGGGGGAAUGUCGAGGGGCAAGCCCCAAUCCGCGAUGGCAUCGGUCAUCGUGCGUCCGUCAUCAUCCAUCAAGUACGACAGUCUUAUUGGUGCUAACAAAUGUGGUGCUAUGAUCACUAAGGAGCUCCCCCAGGGGAGGUUCUACCCAGCCAAGCUUCAGGGGGAGAAUCUUAGACUAGGCGAGAGUGUGAGAGAAGCUGUAGCCGGCAGGGUUAUCCAGCCCAACUCCAACCUGGACGACAUGUGUGUCCAGUACAAACACACUUCUAUGCGUGGCAUGCAGGGAACUAUGGCAGCCGGGAUCACAAACUCUGUGUGCAGGACCGCCUUUUCAGCCGCAUCAGCUUACGGCAUACAGAGUAUCAGUGGGACAGCCAUCCCUGAGCUGGGCUACUUGGUCUCAGCCCAUAAAACUGGCAUUUGUGGUCGGGUGCUGAGCCACUCGGGACCAGGAGAGUACCAGGAUGGGUUAGGCUCACGCACCACAUCUCCAGGGGGGUCUCUGCCUCCCCCUAGUCCAGCGGGGACACCCCAGCCCAGUCCAAGCCUCACCCCGACACCCAGCUCCAUUUCUGGCUCCAGUCAGCCUUACUCCUCCUCCUUUGUCCACCUUAAGAAGCACAAAGCUGCCUUGGCUGCAGCCCAAUCCAGAAGCAACUUCUCCACCACGCCCACAUCCGCCACAACCGGAAACUGCUUCCUACCUGUAGAUUCAGUCGACAAAACUCCCAUUCGCAACUCGCCGCCUCCACCCCCCUCCAGCCAAGCCUCGUCAUCUUCGGUCGACAGCAGUAGCAGCAGCUCGGCCAGCGGGAGCACAACGACAGGGAAGUCCAGUCCCCUGCCCAACGGCCAGACCUCCGGAUCGACCUCGACAAGCAGCGGGCAGCCCAGCAACUACCACAAGCUGAAGAAAGCCUGGUUAACCCGGCACUCAGAGGAGGACAGGAACACAACUGCUACUACAAGCUCCACCAGUACUAAACCAGAGAAACUGCCCAGUACCAGCACCGCCACCAGCACCAGCACCAGCAACACCGCAGCCAUGUCAGAAAUGAUCAAACCCUGCACAGUCAAUCUCAGCGCUUCCACAUCCAGCGAGGUGGAGCUGAGCAAAGACAGCAAAGCGGAGAGAGAGAGGCAGCUGGAGGAGAAGGUGGCAGGAGCAGCUGCAGGGGGAGGAGGAGGAGGAGGAGGAGGAGGGGGGGAGGAGAGGAAAGCAGCUCCCUUAUCAAGGCGAGGGAACAAACGGUCGUACGAGUCCGCUUCAGAGAGCGGGGGGGACGACUCCGACACCAGUGAGAGCAAGAUGGAGGGCCGAGCCAAGCGUCAGCCUAAACCCACCUACAAGAAGAAACAGAACGAUAUGGCCAAGAGGAAAGGAGACAAUGAAAAGGAGGAAGAUGACUUGAAGCCCAAUGGCAUCUUCCGAUCAGCCCGAGAGAAGACCAAACUCAAACUAGCCAGCAGCAAUGGGAUCCCCCGCUCCGUGCUGAAGGACUGGAGGAAGGUGAAGAAGCUGAAGCAGACGGGGGAGUCGUUCCUGCAGGACGACUCGUGUGCCGAAAUCGGGCCCAACCUGCAGAAGUGUCGGGAGUGCAGGGUGGUCCGCAGCAAGAAGGGAGAGGAGCCCACGCAUUCCCCCGUCUUCUGUCGCUUCUACUAUUUCAGACGGUAACUCGCUUUUUUCUUUCCCUGACGUUUUUCCAGAGUUUUCCUCUGGUUUCCUGCACGCGACCACACUUUGAAAUGCACCCAUCAACCCUACAUACAUUAUUCCCUAAAGGUCCUGUGGGAUCAUGAAACCCUUACAAGUACAUAACUGUUGCAGCUGUAAUAAGCCCCCUAACUGCUCCUCAAACUCUUUCCCUCACGCAACAAACAAUUGCUCCAUGAUGCAUUGUACCAUCACUACAGUUUUCUCUGAAGCGUGCAAGAAUAACACAGAUGGAGAGGAGAGGAGAGGGAAGA